UAUUUUACCUUGAUUGAAACAAAUAGAUGUGAUGGAAUGAGCAAUGUUGACAAAGCAGUUUCACUAAACACAGCUUGUUGCCAUGUUGCUGAGUGGGAGAUUAUCUUCCAUUAACACCACAUUAUAAAACUGCUUGGUGAUCCUGCAGUGCAGCAAAUGCAUUAUAACAGAACCAAGGCUUUUAUCCUGUAUGUAUAAUAAUUACUGUACCUAAUGCACGCAAUGAUUUAUUGAAGAGAAAGCUAGAAUACCUGUUAAGGAAGAAGACUGUUCUGAUAAUAAUAUUUAUUUUCUGUUUAAAAUGUAUCAUGGAUACUUGAUUUGGCUUGACUAAUGUACCCCACUUCCAGGACUUCACUGACCUUUAGUUGGCCUUGAUAUGGGGCCAUGAUGGCUUAGAGUUUAGUAUGUGGCAGUAUCUGAAGGGACUGACUCACACUGGACACACUGCCAAAAAUGUUUAUUAAUAAACUGAGUUGUUGGUGUGUAGACAAGUUUAACAUCCAGCAGAAUGGGGGAGUCAAACACAUAUGUCUGAUUACGUACAAGUAUACUAUGAAGAACAACAACCUCAUCUUUGAAUUUCAAUUGAAAAAGAAAGAAAGGGCUAGAAAUGACACUUAUUCACAGAAAUAAUGUCACUGGUACUGAUCCCAUUGACGUGGAGGGUUCAAAAUAACAGAAUGUAUGUCAACCUACCCUCCGUAUUAUCCUAGGUUCUUUUUAUAGCAUGUGAACAGGAGAGAGCAGCUGCCCCUCUAUUUCCUGAGGACAUUCACUUGCUCCAUGCUCUCUGUAGACUGAGCUCGCCUCGACGCACUCCCUCCCAGACUUUAGUCCCUAUAGCUCUCUCCCUGGCUUACUGACAUAAAUUACACUCCUGCAUUCUCCGACCUCAGCUAGGUACUGAUCUCAGUCAUGGCAGACAGAAAGGCCACCAGCAGGGUAAGCACAGUAAAAAGGAAAGAGAAGAGCAUGGAGAGCAAGGCUGAAAAAGAGAUGGAGAGAAAAUUGGAAAAGAACGCAGAGACCGACAAACAGAAGGAAAAAGAAGAAGUGAAAAAGAAGCCAGAGUCAGAGGAUGAGAAGCCAAAGGGAAAUGGGGAGACAGUCCAAGGGGCUCAAGGAGGUGAUGAGGAUGGAGAAUUUCAACUGGAGCCUAUUGAGCUGCCUCCAUUUGAGAUCAUUGUAGGAGAUCGUCUUAACCCAUCCUUCUUCAAGUUCCAGUUCAAAAAUGUGGAGUACUCUUCAGGCCGAAACAAGACCUUCCUGUGCUAUCAAGUGGACAUAAAGGGCGAUGCAGCACAACCUGAUAGUCUUCAAGGGUACUUAGAGGACGAGCACUCAGGUGCUCAUGCUGAGGAGGCCUUCUUCCAGCAGGUGUUACCGCAAUAUAACAAAUCGCUGCAAUACACAGUCACCUGGUAUAUAUCAGCCAGUCCCUGUGUGGCAUGCGCCGCUAAAUUAGGAGAGAUCCUGAAGGCCCGAAAAACGCUGCGCCUCAACCUUCACUGCUCCCGCCUCUUCCUUUGGGAGGAGCCUGAAAUACAGGCAGGGCUAAAAGCUUUGGCAAAAGCAGGGUGCAAACUACGGAUGAUGAGGCCAGUGGACUUCAGCUACGUAUGGUCCACUUUUGUGGAAAAUGAGGAAGACAGUUUUACACCAUGGGAGGACUGUCAAGAAAGCUAUGAGUACUACGAUGAGAAGCUGACCAACAUUCUGCAGUAGGGAUUGAACUCUUAAAGGAUUGCAUCUGCACCUUUUAUCUGCUAGAAUCCACUGUCUGUCCAACACAGAACCACAAUUAUGUAUCGGAAUUGUCCUUAAACUUUAUGGAUAGUAAUGGAGUACAAAUAACAUCUGGCUGUAAUUAACUACUACCUUCUAUUGUUUGUAUAUUACUCUAUUAUUUACACUUUGGGAAUUGUACUCUUAUUUACA